AUGUCAGAAAAAUCACCUUUACAGACUUGGGUUCUCUCCCAAGCAUGUAGGAUUGAUGAGGAAGACAAACAAACCAUAGCAAAACUAUUAGAGGACAACAAAUAUCGUACUGUUGAGGACACCAAGGAUAUUACAGAUAGUGAUUGGGAGAGAAUCACAAAAGGUUAUCAAGAGGAUACUCAUUCACAAAAAAGCAGUUCGCAACAUAUGGACAGAUUAAACCAGAGGAGACAGGAAAGAAUAGGUAGUAUUUUAAAGCUUCGCUAUCCUCUUUUUGCCAACACCCCAAUUAAUAAUGAUCAAGAUUUUGGUACUAUCUUUACCACACAACAACGAUUUGGCAAAAAGAUCGUACUCAUCUUUGACGAAUUUGACCAAGUCUACCACAAUUGCAGUGGCUCAACCAUUGACGGUAUCCUUGGCAAGUUUAGAGCUAUUCGAGAGAAUGGUCGUCAAGUUCUCCAGUCUGCAAUCGUGGCUGGUCCAUACAAUAUCUUGUCGUUGUCAUCAUCGCCACGCGCUGGAUCCCCAUUCAACGUCAGAGAAGCAGUACCCUCGCCAAACUUCUCGCUUCAAGCCGUCGAGCAUCUUUUUUAUAUGUACCAACAAAACUCAUUGACCACUGUCGAGCAUGGAGUUGUUGAGGACAUUUACACAAGAACAGAAGGCCAUCCUGGAUUGGUUUGCCUUUUUGGACAACUCAUCGACAACAAUUUACCAGUUGGUAACACUCUCACCUAUGAACAGUGGAGUCGCACCACCUCUUCAUUGGUCAUUCGCAUGGAGGAAUACCGUACAACCCAUCGCGUUAUUGUUGUUGUCAAAGACACAACGUACGAGCACCAUCAAUUAUUGGUCGAGUUGGUUAUGAUGAUGCUUUAUUCAUCAAGUAUCACCUCCAUCGCACCAGACCCAAUCUCCAAGACUAUCAAAGUAUCGGUUUUGAACUAUCUUGUUUCUGAAGGCCUGGCAAAGGUUAAUGAAAAUCACUACUCGAUCAAGAACCCCGCCAUACAACAGUUGCUUUUGGCGAACAUUGAUUACCUUUCCUCGUGCACUACACCACCCACCCCUUUCCCGUUAUUGGCACACGGAAUCUCAAUCCCCGACCUCGUCAGAGGUGUAGUUUCGGUUUUAACGCCAAGCGCUCUCGUUGCUGCCAUGCAUACUUCGUCAACGGUGUAUCAUGGUCACACCCUCCCUUGUGAAGCAGUUUACCAUACAGAGUUAUACUCUAUCAUUCAACGAUGGAAACCCAACUCCGUCACCUUGUCAACCAACGCCAACGUUCCCAUCGCUGGAAGCCACACAAAGAGAUGUGAUCUUGUCAUGGAACACAAUCCUCAGGGUGCCUCGUGGUUGUGUUGUCUUGAAUUGGUUGCCCAUGCCAGUGAUGGUGCAAUCAAAGAACACAUCGAAAGGGUAUCCAAGUACUACCAACCAGUCAUCAAUUCUGAUGAGGCUUGGGUGAUCAAUUUCACAAUCGACCAAAACGUCAACGUCGCUUCUUCAUUCUCCAAUGUCAAAGUCAUUCACGUCAUACACAACAACGAUUUUACAUCUUUUACACUCAAAGGAAACAUCUAA